UUAACUUUAGUACUCUCUAUUCUCUCUCUUGUAAAAUGUCAGAAUGUAUGCAAUGGCUACUCUGGCUUGUGCGACCGCUCAUAUACCAACAUAACAUACCUUGUAACCCACGAUUCAUAUGCAGUAGGAAGAAAUAUAGCAGCUACCCAAAACUUCCCUAUUAUUGACCAACUUAACCAAGGUGUAAGAGGUCUAAAGUUUUCAGCAGUUGCUCCGAUUCUGGAUCGAGCUGCUGUACAUCUGUGCCAUACGUCUUGCAGUAUUCUUGAUGCUGGACCUGCUUCGGGUGUUUUAGAUACAAUAGCUGAAUGGUUGGAUGAACACCCUCGGGAGGUUAUAACUAUCAUGUGGAAUAAUCUAUAUAAUAUGAAAGCGGGUCGACUGGCGAAUGUAUAUAGUGCUUCGAAAAUAAUGCCUUACAUCUAUACACACGAUUCAUCAAAACCUUGGCCGACAUUGAACGAAAUGAUUGAUUCAGGGAAGCGCGUUGUUAACUUUGUGGAUUCUCAGGCCGAUGAAAAAAACAUUCCUUGGCUUAUGGAUCAGUUUCAAUUGGUAUUCGAGACUCCGUACGAAAAUACAGAUCAGAACUCUUUCAAGUGUACUAUCGAUCGACCUUCCACUCUAAAAUCACCUGAUGGGCAUAUGUAUGUAAUGAAUCACUUCUUAUACGGGACCCUCAAGCUAGGCAACAUAGAGGCUCAGGUUCCCCAACGAGACAGUGCCACAGUGACUAACAGUAAAUCGCUUCGUGAGCAAAUCGCUGAAUGCACUCGUACCUUUGGGAAAAAACCUAACUUUAUUGAAGUUGACUUUUAUGAUGACGGAGAUGCCAUGGAAAUUGUAUCAGAGCUAAAUGAAGUA